AUGAAUAACAGUUCCACCAAUAUUGAUAAUAUUUCAUUAAUUGAACAUUUGAAGUAUACUUUGUCAAAAGAAUUAGAGAAAAUAUGUAAAGAAUCUGCUCAUGAUGUUACAUAUAAAUCAAUUACAAUUUCAAUAACAAUGUUUAGAGAUGAAGAAACUAAUAAAUUUGAAUCAGAUAUUAAAAUUGACAAACAAAAAACAAGGACCAAAAGAAAAACAAAGUCAGAUUCUGUUGUAGUUACAAAAGAACAACCAAUGGCUUUACCUUCAAUCUUAAAUCAUUAUAGAGAUUUACUUGAGACUUAUUCACCAAAUCAACACCAAGAUCAAUAUCAAGUUGCAGAUUAUUCACAAGGUCAAAAUCAACAUCAGGUAACUAACUAUGUACCAUAUUACAACCAUUAUCAAUAUCAUCCUAUUCCUGUAAAUCAUGUUACAAAUCAAUAUUCAUACUCAGCUGGAAAUAAUCAACCUACUAAUUUAGCUUCAAGUCCAUUUCCAGAUACAAAUUUACCAGCAACAUCACCAGCAGCAUUACCUAUCUCAAUUCAACAGUUGCAAGAAAUUAAUUCAUCAUCUAAUGAAGAUUCUACUACUUUUCAAAAUAAUUCUCAACCACUUACAGCUUUAACUAAUGAAUAUUCUACUGUACUGGUCAAUACAGAACCAACUGUUUUACCAUUAUAUGAUUCAUACAGUACUAUUGAACCACCAAAAUUGAGUAUAUCACCAUUAAAUGAAGUUUGGAAUUCUAGUCAAGAAUUACGACCAACUAGUCUACCACCAUUUGAAGCUUUAGAUACAUUUGAACUACCAGAACCAAUCAUUUCACCAUUAGCUAAAUCGUUCAGGAUUACCCAUGAAGGAUUAACUUCUAAUUGUACUGCUGAAGAAAAGAAUGAACCAAAAGAUGAUUCAGAACCAAAAUCGAGACGAAGAGGUAGACCACCGAAAGUUGUUAAACCAAGUAAAAAAACAGUUAAAAAACAAGUUGUCAAACAAGUUAGUGUAGAAGAUUAG